ACCAUACAUUAGUCAAUUUAAUUCUGGUUACAUUGCGAUGAGUCGACAAGCUAUCCUGAAACUUUACAAGGACAUUCUGAGGUACGGCGAAAGUUUAAGAUUCACGAAUAAAAAGUAUUUUCGCGACCGGAUUCGGACAGCUUUUAAGGAUAACAAAGAUCUAUCCAAUGAGACAGCGAUAGACUUUCAAUUGAAGAAGGGUAUGAAAUUCUUGGAAGCUAGAAAGGUAGUAUAAAUUACGUUUUGAUGCAAGAGAUAUGAAAGUGGAAAAUAUGUUGUUGAGGUCCGUGUUGACGUGUUCAAAGUCCACCCAUAAUGGCAUUUCUUUGUUGAUCAGCCACAAGUUCGUGUCA